AUGGACUCAACCUUGAGCGAUCCUCCACCAUCCUACGAUGAAGCCUGGGAACGUUAUCUCUUCACGAAAACCAACUUCUUCAUUUUCUGGUGUCUUCUAAUGCUGAACAUCUUCACUGCUUUCUAUGAAUUGGGCGCCUUCCAUAUCGUGGUUUAUGUGAUACUCUGUGGAGUUUACAUUGCCUUGAUUUCCGCGACUCUACUUCGAAUGCACCUUAUACUUUCUGUUCUAUUCUUGGCCCUAAUCACCACUAUGAUCACUGUAACCGGCAUCAUAACCGUCGAGUAUGUGCUAGAGGAGGAUCUGAAGCCCUUCACCGUAACCCUUCUCAUUGGUUCAAUUUUCAUGCUCCUGGUUCAAUACUGGAUUCUCAGAAUUUUGGACAAGCACAUGGAGAUUCGAGAGUACCUUGAGGACAUUGAACGCUUGCUCGAAGCUGGAGGAAUCCAAGUCAUGUGA